CGGUUCAAGCUACUUGUUGAUAAAAGCCUCAACUAACCUACCAGGACGUGGCCAUUAUGAAGCUUUUGAUUCUUAUCGCCGUCUGUGGUUUGUCGAGUGGCAUAUUGUUGGCUGAGGCCAAAGCCAAUAGCUUCCGUGAAAUCAGGACAAGCAAGGUAACCGAUUCGUGCAUCGGCCGUUGCGGCCAAUCCGCAACGGAUCCCACUCAGUCAUGUCAGUGCAAUCCUUCUUGCCAAACGGCAGGAGACUGCUGUACCGAUUUCCUCUCAACUUGCAGCAGUUGUGCGUCAUGGGGAAGGUGUAUUGAAGGAAACAAUCCCGAUUGGCCCUGUCAGUGUACCGAAGAAUGCGUAAUCAGUGACAACUGUUGCCCCGACUACGCCUAUCUCUGCGGUGGAGUUGGUCCAACAGGUACAACCACCAUAGGAACAGCUACAACGGGUUCGUCCGGCGGAAUCGAUUCUUGUGUCGGCAGAUGUGGCAUUGCUGGUACUGAUUCAACUAAGCCAUGCCAAUGUAAUCCUUCCUGCCAGACAUACAAUGAUUGUUGUGCUGAUUUCCUUCCGACCUGUAAUACUUGCAACGGACGCUGUACUGCUGGUUACGAUACCAAGUGGCCUUGCCAGUGCAACAGCCAGUGCACAUCUUACGGAAAUUGCUGCCCCGACUAUUCAGCGCUAUGCUUUGCAGGUUUAAUCAUUUAAAUUCGGUACAGUUGAUGCGACGUAGGAUGGAGCCAGAAUUCGGACACCCGGUACACCUGGAAAAUAUUACCAUGAAGUUUAAUUAUAACAUAAACCUGGUCAAAAUUCGAUUUUGUUUGCUUAAAUACAAAAGUAUACGAUUAUACCGUGUA